CACUUUGGACGGCAGCUUCCCACCAGCAAAGACCACACCGCGGGAGCCGAGCCCCGAGCCAGCUGGGAAACAUGAGGAGCCUCCUGCUGCUGAGCACGCUCCUGGUACCUGUGCACCUGGCCACGGUCUGGAGCACCAAGUAUGCGGUGGAUUGCCCUGAACACUGUGACAGCACUGCGUGCAAAAGCAGCCUGCGCUGCAAGAGGACAGUGCUGGACGACUGUGGCUGCUGCCGGGUGUGCGCUGCGGGGCUGGGAGAAACCUGCUACCGCACAGUGUCAGGCAUGGAUGGCGUGAAGUGUGGCCCGGGGCUGAGGUGUCAGUUUUACAGUGAGGAGGAUGAUUUUGGUGACGAGUUUGGUAUCUGCAAAGACUGUCCCUACGGCACCUUCGGGAUGGAAUGCAAGGAGACCUGCAAUUGCCAGUCGGGCAUAUGUGACAGGGCGAACGGCAAAUGUCUGAAAUUUUCCUUCUUCCAAUAUUCAGUAGCCAAGUCUUCCAACAGGCAAUUUGUUUCUUACACAGAGCAUGACAUGGCAUCAGGAGAUGGCAAUGCUGUGAGAGAAGAAAUUGUGAAAGAGAACGCUGCCCGGUCUCCUGUAAUGAAAUGGUUAAAUCCACGCUGAUCCUGGAGGGAUUUCCAAGAGAAGGCUUUAUGAUUGUCCAACACGCAACCAACGUUUUAGGAAUUGUCUAGAUUAUAGCAUGUGGACAUGUAAUUUUUGGAGACCAAAUGUGAUUCAGGGUGUAUCCAGAAAAAAAAAAGUAGUAGGCUACUUACAAUCUGUAAAAUGCAUAUGACUGAACUUUUUAGAUAUUUGUCAAAUAUUUGAAUGCAUAUAGAUUUGUUAAAUGUGUGUGUAUGGUAACACUGAAGAACUAAAAAUGCAAUGUAGAUAAUCUUACAUGGAGGCAGGUCAGCCAAAGAGAAAGUGAGUCAAAGCUGAAGACCCCAGAAAGUCCACGUUUUUCGACUUGGAUGUACAUUAAUGUUGGGAUACAAGAUGGAGGAAGAGUUAGGAGCAAGAGAAGGUGAGGGUGGAGUUGGGAAGUA